CUCGCCAAGUGUGUGUCUGAGAGUCUGUGUGUGUCAGCGCGCGUGUCUAGAAGACGGGGAGAGGGGUAGAAGAAGGUGGGCACGCCCAAACGAUGUGCUGAAUGACGCCCGUCUGUUGCUUUUUCUGUAUAUUGGAGCGUCCAACGAUUGGAGGAGGAGGGCGAAGGUACCCAGCGCUGGCGCGUCGUGGGCGGGUGGAAGGGCUGUUUAUAAACCCAGAUCUUUCCUCGUGGGCGGGAAGAGCAACAGUGGGGAGUGAAAGUGAAGCGAGAGAAAAAAGUGAGAGAGACAGAGGAGACAAGGCUGUGGUGGCGACGGCAGUGGUUGACCGGGGUCCGCGGAGGGGGCGAGGCGGCCGCCCCUGUAUGCGUCUUCAACCGCGCAUGGACGACCACCUCAGCCUCCUUCAAUCACCCCCGCCAAGCGCAACCAAAACCCGGGGCGACAACCUGGUGAACCACGGAUACACCGAGACAGAAGCCGACGUGAUGACGGUUGUGGCUUGUGACAACAUGCUCGAAGAGUCAGCGGCUCUCCCGGGCCACCACUCUCUGGAUCGUUAUGAACCGGAUCACGAAUGCUGCGAGAGGGUGGUCAUCAACAUCUCAGGGUUACGAUUUGAAACCCAGCUAAAGACUCUCUCGCAAUUUCCAGAGACGCUGCUGGGUGACCCCAAGAAGAGGAUGAGGUACUUUGAUCCCCUCAGGAAUGAAUACUUUUUCGAUCGGAACAGACCCAGCUUUGAUGCCAUCCUCUAUUACUACCAGUCUGGCGGGCGCAUAAGAAGACCUGUGAAUGUGCCCAUUGACAUUUUUUCUGAGGAGAUACGCUUCUACGAGCUGGGCGAGGAGGCUAUGGAGAAGUUCAGGGAGGAUGAGGGUUUCAUAAAGGAGGAGGAGCGACCGUUGCCUGAGAAUGAAUUUCAAAGACAGGUGUGGCUGCUUUUUGAGUACCCAGAGAGCUCUGGUCCCGCCCGGGGAAUCGCAAUAGUUUCAGUCUUGGUCAUUCUCAUCUCCAUUGUCAUUUUCUGCUUAGAGACAUUGCCGGAGUUCAGGGACGAGAACAGGGAUCCAAUCACCAUUGCGCCUGUGAUAAAUGGCACACUAACCUAUUUCAUCAGCCCAUUCUCGGACCCGUUCUUUGUUGUGGAGACGUUGUGUAUAAUCUGGUUCUCCUUCGAGCUGCUAGUGCGCUUCUUUGCAUGCCCGAGUAAGGCCACGUUCUCCAAAAAUAUUAUGAACAUUAUAGACAUUGUGGCCAUUGUUCCCUAUUUCAUCACACUGGGCACAGAGCUGGCAGAAAGACAAGGGAACGGACAGCAGGCCAUGUCAUUAGCCAUUCUGCGCGUAAUUAGGCUUGUUCGGGUGUUUCGUAUUUUCAAACUGUCGCGUCACUCUAAGGGGCUUCAGAUUUUAGGACAGACUCUAAAGGCCAGUAUGCGUGAGCUGGGCCUGCUCAUCUUCUUCUUAUUCAUCGGUGUCAUCCUCUUCUCCAGUGCUGUCUACUUUGCUGAGGCAGACGACCCGGAAUCGGGUUUCAACAGCAUCCCGGACGCAUUCUGGUGGGCUGUUGUCACCAUGACCACAGUGGGCUACGGGGACAUGCACCCCGUGACAAUUGGGGGAAAGAUUGUGGGGUCUUUGUGCGCAAUUGCUGGCGUGCUGACUAUUGCCCUGCCUGUACCUGUCAUCGUCUCCAAUUUUAAUUAUUUCUACCACAGAGAAACGGAAGGCGAGGAGCAGGCACAGUACUUGCACGUGGGCAGCUGUCAGCCUUUAGCAGACACCGAGGAGCUGAGGAAGACUCGCUCUUCUUCUUCACUCAGCAAGAGCGAGUACAUGGUGAUAGAAGAGCACGGGAUAAACAGCACGUUCAAACAGCAGCCCAACUUCCCCACUACCGCUCAGAACAACUCGCAGAAUUGUGUGAAUAUAAACAAAAAGAUUUUCACCGACGUGUAGCCAUUAUUUUAGAGCCAUAACCCUGAACACAGGAAGUGGUGACGAAUCGACACACAGCUGGUUCUGCCGUUGCGCACCAGCGUGUGGAAGCAGCGGUAGAUCAGAAAGAAAGAAAAAAAAACAGAAAAAAGAAGCGAAAGAACAAAACCUGUCUGUUCAGAGAUGCUGCUUUGCUGUCCAUUCAAAGAAUCGGGAUUUUUCAUUUCAGUGGUAUGAAUUCAUAAUUCUGUGUGGUUCCAUUCGCGCUUGUAAGAAGAUGAAGAGCUCCUUAUAAAGUAUUAGGCCUACCAUUCUUCUCUGAGUGAGGGGGGGUUGACCUGUUGUGACUCGGGCAAUAGUGAGUAUAUUCUUCACAGCAGGUAGAUAUAGAAGCUUUAUAACUGUGACAGAUGUGCACAAAUGUAUAAUACUUGAAGGGCACUCACAUUGUAUUAACAUGCGUUAUGGGUCGUGAUCCGUCAAUCAUCGGCUAUGUAUAAUAUCCAGAAUCAUUUAAAUAUGUUUGUGUGUGCGUGUUUAAACACAUGUGACGUCUGAAAAACACAGUUCAGCAUAUAGUAUCUCAAUUAGACCGUUUUGUGCUAUGCCUUUAUUGUGCGUUAAAGUCUAGUCCAAAUGCUAUUCUCUUUAAAACAUAUAUAAGAAUUCCCAACAAUUUCUUUGUAUGCAUUCUCCUGGUAGGCUAUUUUAACUGAUAAACGGCGACAUAUAAACAAAGAGGCCAGCCAACUCCAAUUCUCAUUAUCGAUGCAAGACACACGUGCAGCGAAGAAACACCGAGCUUUUUUUGCGCACACAAACAGUGAUCAAAGAUGGAGCGUGUCUCUUUUCGGAUGCCUCGAAUAUAGCCCACUGUGAUGCAGUCUCCAUGGCGACGGUCGUUUCCUCGGUAACCCCCCCAGUCACCGUUACCAUGGCACUCUUGUUUCCACAGUAACCUCCCAGAUUGCUUGGAAGCAAUAUUGAAGAUUUUCAUCUUAAUGGGUUGUCUUCGGUCUGUAAGAAGGAUGUUUGGGCACCGUGCUUCGCUGCAUAAAAAAAUACAAGCCCAAACACACCCACUAAUACUAAUCUGCAAGCUCCCCCAAUGACCAGAACAAUGACACAAAAACAAAUGACACCAAGGAGGUUGUUAAUUACAACAGUCCUACAAAACAGCACAGGCUCGACACGGAUAGCUGCAAAGCUGUCUGUCAAGAGAGGCCGAAGAAGAGACAUGUGAGGAAUUUGUGAAUGGACUGGCAGCACAUUGUCUGGCUGCUCUGAGUGCGCUACUGUCGGCGUUCAGCAGAGGCUGCUGUUCUCCCACUGAAAAAAACUGGUGAACUCUUUCUCUGCUUAGACCUCCUGGAACCCCCAACGAAACCAGUUAGACUGCCUCCCAUUUAGGGGCGCAGCGACUCCGGUCUUCCUGUUGGGCCAGAUUGGCCAAGUUAGCAAUUGAGACAGAAAUCUCUCUGGAUUAAUUCUUCCCACCCUGCCUUCUUGCUCAUGGCUGGUGCCCUUGAACCUGAAUUAACAAGUUGUGCCUAUUAAUUACCCUGCCCCGCCCCUCCAACGGACCACAGCUUAUUCCAAAAUGCAACAAAAUGCAGUUUUGACAAGCCUAUAAUGGACGCUGAACAUCCAGUUUUGUAGCUGCAGUUUUAUAGCUGCUUCUGGGGCUAAAGCACUGUGAAUGGAACCAUCGCAGGAUCAGAAGUUGUUGAGAGAGCGACAGAAUUCAGCUGCAAUGGACUCUGACUUUUUCGCCACAUGCUUUCUGUAUAAAAUUCAAAAGGAUAGAUGCAGAAAACAAGACAGCAAUUUUGCAAAGCACUUUCGCUUUACUGGAAUAUACAAGGAUUUUUGCAUUCUGUAGUCACCUUUCUGGGAAGAGAUGUUUAUCAUGGACAACAGCUGACCAGCAUUAAGACAGAAGUGGCAAAAAUACAAGGCCGUCCACAAUUUACUGCUUUAAAACUGUGAUACAAAUUCAAGGACUGUUAGUCAUUUGCCUUUGUUAGUUCUGUGUGCCGUGUAUUUGUAACAUGUGAGACAAACGCAUAUGUACAUGUGCUGGUCGCUGCUAUUCCAUUGACAUAUACUGUACGUGGAGGAAAAUACAAAGGCAUUUAUGCAGACACAAACACAGAGACAUGCAGCACAUACACAUGCCUUUGGAUGGCUUUCUCCUUCCCAGAAUGCACUCUUGAUUUAUAGGAAAGGGCAAAAUGUUGUCAUGGGAUGGCUUGUUUGUUCUGUGUUAUUUUUGUGCUGUCUUAAACAUGACCCAUGUAAAGAGAGUCUGAAAGUAGCCAAAUUGUAAAGGAAAACGCACUCAUUUACAGUUGCAAGGCAAAGUUUUAGUGCCACUUACUGAUAUAUAAUGUUGGAUCAUUUUCCUCAAUAAAUCAAUGAACAAGUUUUA